GGGAGGCGGGCGGGGACCAGGGGACUGCUUGGCUGCUCCACCUUGUGAGAGGCCAGAGCGCCCCGGCCCCGGCAGAGGCCAGCAGCGCCCGGAGCCCCGCAGCAGUGUGCCGGGCCACCCGGAUCCCCGCGAUGGAGAUGGCAGAAGCGGAAUUGCACAAGGAGAGGCUGCAAGCCAUAGCAGAAAAAAGAAAGAGGCAGACAGAAAUAGAAGAGAAGCGACGGCAGCUCGACGAGCAAGUUCUGCUGCUGCAGCACUCCAAGUCCAAAGUGCUUCGGGAAAAAUGGCUGCUGCAGGGUAUGCCCGCAGGCACCGCGGAGGAGGAGGAAGCCAGGAGAAGGCAGUCUGAGGAGGACGAGCUCAAAGUCAAGCAGCUUGAGGAUAACAUUCAGAGGCUGGAGCAGGAAAUACAAGCACUCGAAAGUGAAGAGUCCCAGAUAUCUGCCAAAGAGCAGAUCAUCCUCGAGAAACUGAAGGAGACAGAGAAAUCCUUCAAGGACUUGCAGAAGAGUUUCUCCACUGCUGAUGGAGCUAUAUACGCCAUGGAAAUUAAUGUGGAGAAAGACAGACAGACAGGAGAGACCAAGAUUCUCUCUGCAUCCACCAUUGGCCCAGAGGGGGUCCACCAGAGAGGAGUCAAAGUCUAUGAUGAUGGUACCAAAGUAGUGUAUGAGGUGCACUCAGGCGGCACCGUGGUAGAAAACGGAGUCCACAGAUUAAGUGCCAGAGAUGUGGACGACCUCAUCCAGAAGGCGGGACAAUCGAGCUUCAGGGUACACGCGUCGGAAAGGACUGUUGUUGCAGAUGGGAGCCUGGGCCACCCCAAGGAACACAUGCUCUGCAAAGAAGCCAAGUUAGAAAUGGUGCAAAAAUCUAGGAAAGAUCAGGCUCCGGGAAACCCUGGGCAGCAGGCCCAGCCCUGCGGCACGGAAGGGCCAGAGGCCAACCUGGACCAACCGGUCACCAUGAUCUUCAUGGGCUACCAAAACAUCGAGGAUGAAGAGGAGACUAAAAAGGUGCUAGGCUACGACGAAACCAUCAAGGCGGAACUAGUCCUGAUCGAUGAAGACGACGAGAAGUCCCUAAGAGAGAAGACAGUCACGGACGUGUCCACCGUCGAUGGAAACGCAGCCGAGCUGGUGUCCGGGAGACCCAUGUCGGACACCACAGAACCCUCCUCCCCAGAAGGCAAGGAAGAGAGCCUGGCCACAGAACCCGCCCCAGCAUCUGGGUGGUCCCGUGUGCUGCUACAGGGGGAUGAGUCAACUGCAGAUCCUAUAGAACCCAACGAAGACAUGGCCAUCAAGAAGCCUACCCAGCUUUCUGAGGAUGCUAACCGGCUGAGAGGCAAGCAAGACAACUGUGGUGACAUCCACCCGGAGCCUGCUGCCGCCAGCUCUCUCUCCCCAGGUCACAAAAACAUGGAAAUUGAAGCGUCUGCGGCAGAAUGUAAGAGUGUACCCGGCAUCACCUCGACCCCACACUCCAAGGACCACUCCUCCCCUUCCUAUUCUGCCUCGCACAACGGCCUCCCCACCCAUCACCAUGAGUCCUUAGACAACGAUGUCGCCCCGGAGAUCCAAUAUCUAGACGAGGUGCUGGAGGCCAACUGCUGUGAUUCCUCCGUGGAUGGGACUUACAACGGAAUCUCCUCCCCGGAGCCCCGCGCAGCCGGACCGGUGAGCAGCCUGGGCUCACCUGCCUGUACACCUGCCGCUGCCCAGGCAGAAGAACCCACCGAGAAAGCAUCCGGCGGGCAGGUGCCUCCUCUCGUGGGGCUCAGUAGAAGCCCUCCUGACACCAUGGCCGAAGGAGAAAGAGCCAAUGGACUCUCCGCUGACCAGCCCCAAGGCAUGCUGGGGGACGGCCCGCAGGCACCUGCCAGCCCCAGCUCCUCUACCGGCUCCCACGGCUCCUCCCGGGACGGGGAGCUCACGCUCACCACACUGAAGAAGGAGGCCAAGUUCGAGCUGCGCGCCUUCCACGAGGACAAGAAACCCUCCAAGCUCUUUGAGGAGGACGAGCGCGAGAAGGAGACGUUCUGCGUGCGCAAAGUGAGACCCUCCGAGGAGAUGCUGGAGCUGGAGAAGGAGCGGAGGGAGCUCAUUCGGAGUCAGGCCGUGAAGAAGAACCCCGGCAUCGCGGCCAAGUGGUGGAAUCCCCCCCAGGAGAAAACCAUCGAGGAGCAGCUGGACGAGGAACACCUGGAAUCGCACCGGAAGUACAAGGAGCGGAAGGAGAGAAGGGCGCAGCAGGAGCAGCUGCAGCUGCAGCAGCAACAGCAGCAAACGCCCCUGCCCCAGCUCUGCACAGCCCCAGCUACUCAUGAACACCUAGAUGGCAUCGAACACGCCAAGGAGGACGUGGUCACCGAGCAGAUCGACUUCUCUGCUGCCCGCAAACAGUUCCAGCAGAUGGAGAAUUCCAGGCAAACGCUGGCCAAGGGCCAGAGCACGCCAAGGCUGUUCUCCAUCAAGCCUUUCUACAGACCUCUUGGAUCCAUCAACUCAGACAAGCCUCCCACCAUCUUGCGACCAGCCGCUGCCGGGGGACCUCCGGAAGACAGUAGCCCGCAGGCAGCCAAGGCGCAGAAAGCGCCCUGUGUUUCCGACGGCCAGUCUGCAGGAGGAGGUCCAGGUAGCGCCGCCACUCAGGGAAAGGAAGGGCCGUACAGCGAGCCCUCCAAACGAGGGCCCUUGUCUAAGUUGUGGGCAGAGGAUGGGGAGUUCACUAGCGCCCGGGCCGUUCUUACCGUAGUCAAGGAUGAAGACCACGCGAUUAUGGACCAGUUUUCAAGAUCCGUCAACGUGUCUUUGAACCAAGAGGAGCUGGACUCGGGCCUGGAUGAGUUGUCAGUGAGGUCCCAGGACACCACUGUUUUGGAGACCCUGUCCAACGACUUCAGCAUGGACAACAUAAGUGACAGCGGGGCUUCCAACGAGACACCCACUGCCCUCCAGGAAAACUCGCUGGCUGAUUUCUCUCUGUCUCAGACCCCCCAGUCAGACAACGCCUCAGAGGGCGGAGAAGGGGUCUCCAAGUCAUUCAGCGACCACGGCUUCUAUUCUCCUUCCUCCACACUGGGAGAUUCCCCGUCGGUUGAUGACCCCUUGGAGUAUCAGGCCGGGCUCCUGGUGCAGAACGCCAUUCAACAAGCCAUAGCGGAGCAGGCAGAUAAGGCGGAGUUGCGCACCAGCAAGGAGGGGUCAGAACAGCAGGGACCUGAAGCCACAGUGCAGGAAGCUGAAGGCCAGGCCCAUGCCGGCGCCGAGGCCGAGAAACCCCAGGGCGUGUUUGCACCGCCUCAGGUGUCCUCUCCCGUUCAAGAGAAAAGGGAUGUGUUACCAAAGCCCCUCCCUGUGGAGGACAGGGCACUCAGGGAAACGGGGCCCCCCCAGCCACUGACAGCUGCACAGCCCGGUGGUCCCGUCAACAUGGAAGAGAGCAGGCCUGAAGGAGGCUAUUUCAGCAAGUACUCAGAGGCAGCCGAGCUGAGAAGCACAGCCUCCCUCCUGGCUACGCAAGAGUCCGACGUCAUGGUCGGGCCCUUCAAACUGAGGUCAAGGAAGCAGCGGACGUUGUCCAUGAUCGAAGAGGAGAUCCGAGCAGCCCAGGAAAGGGAGGAGGAGCUGAAGCGGCAGAGACAAGCGGCGGCGCAGAGCAACCCCAGCCCCAGGGCCAAGAACGUCCCGUCGCUGCCGCCUUCUAGGACCACCAGCUGCAAAACCGCUCCAGGGAAAAUAGAGAAAGCCAAACCUCCUCCAUCCCCCACAACUGAAGGCCCCAGCCUGCAGCCUGACUUAGCCCCUGAAGAGGCUGCCGGAACCCAGCGGCCCAAGAACUUGAUGCAGACCCUCAUGGAAGACUAUGAGACACACAAAUCUAAAAGGCGCGAGAGAUUGGAUGAUAGUAGUUACACCUCUAAGUUACUGUCUUGCAAGGUGACUUCCGAGGUCCUGGAGGCCACACGGGUUAAUCGAAGAAAGAGCGCUCUGGCCUUGCGCUGGGAGGCAGGGAUUUACGCCAACCAGGAGGAGGAGGAGGACAUUGAGUAAACUUCCCGCAGCCCAGGAGACUCCUUUGCUUGAGGAGUUUCAGCAAAGCAAGAAAUUACCAAUUCAGAAGCAUUUUAACAGACUGUUUAUUAAAGUGUGUACAAACUCAACAACCCUCGUGUAGACCAGAGGCUGCAAGGCACCAUGACUGAGAACACACACACACACAAAAAAAAGAAGAGGAAGGGUUGUCCACCCAUCAAACUCCACCAGAGACUUGGAAGAAGAGAAAGGAUUUCUUCGUGAUUCAAAGAAGCCCCUGGCUUUGGACAUUCCACAACCGAUCCAAAGGGACACAGACAUGACAAAUGAGUCAGCGUGGUUGCUGCAGGCAGAACCGAAGGCCGGGUGACCAGGAGGAGCAAAUGGUGGCACGGCCAUUCUGAGGCAACGAACAAGCCCAGGCUGGUGCCGGUGCGGUUCUACAGCUCCGAGGCUAUUCCUCCACGCUGGCCUCUCACCCCUUCCUCUCGAGGCAUCGGAAGUGUUGGGUUGACCCCGUUUCCUCCAGCGCUCGUGAAAACAGAAUGGUGUUUCUUUCCACGGCUGCCCAAAAAAGGGCAGCGAUGAUUCAGUCUCUCUUAUGUGUGUGUAAUCAUUUUCAACUGGGGACACUUAAUGAUCAUAAUAUAUAAAAAUGCGCAUUUUUCCAGACGCCGUCGCCUCGUGUUGCAGGGGCAAUCUAUUCAACAGUAGGAGGCUGGGGAUGGUAGGGAGAGAGCCAGAGAGCCAAACCAAAUGGGUUGUUAGGGUUAGGACCUUGUCUGCUUAUCACACCUUCACAGUUAUGUUCUUAGGACCUUGUCUGCUUAUCACACCUUCACAGUUAUGUUUCUUCAUAUGAAAACUAUAUUUGGUGGGCAAUGACUUAUUUUUUAUGAUGGGAUGGGGGGAAUAGAAACAUGGAUAAAAAUCUGUACACAUUGAACAGCUUAGUUCAAGAUGGUUAGGGGGUAUUUUUUAGAACGGCAAUAACUGAAAACAAAAGGGGGCAGACUCUGCCUUAGAAGGGUGGGUGAUCAGAAAUGCGGUGUUUAUAACUAUUUUGUAUUUUGAAAUGGGCCUUAGGUGGUUGGGGCGCAGGACGGGCUGUUUUGCAUCUGAGUAAGGUAGCAUUAAAAGUCAUGGAGGUGGAGAGAGGAAUGGGGUGGGAGGGAGGAGGAGAUUAUUUUUGCUGAGCAACCAGUGUUUUUCAGGAUGACAAAGAGAAAAAUAGAGAGUAGAAAUUUAAAGUGCAGACACGGAAUCAGCUACAAAUCCUAAAGAUGGUGUGUAUGCUUCUUGUGUGCCUGUGUAAAGAGUGUAUGUUCACGAGUAAGGGUGUGACUCUGUGUGUGUGUGUGUGUGUGUGUGUGUGUGUGUGUGUUGAUCGUGACACAUGGGCGGACAGUAUUUCCUCCAUAACUGUCUGCCAGGUUCAGGAGUGAGUGACACGUUUCUUUUUUAUGAAAAGGGAUAAAAAGGCACAGGGCUGAUGCAUUUCCAAUAUUGAAGUGACCUGACAUGGUAUUUGCGUGAGUCACAAUUGUGAAGUUUUGUGCGGCUUUUUGUAUUGAUAAUCUGACAUUUAGAACACAUCCUAUUUAUUCUCGUGCUUUGUGUUCAUGUCUCAUGCGUUAUAGAGGGUUCCAGCUUUACUCUUCCUGUCACUUAAAGCAAUAUGAUGAGGGCGGUCCCGCUAAUCUGGCAAGGAGCGGGAGAAGGAAUGGGAGGGAGAGGAGGGAAAAGAACUAACCGGCCUUCAAUAUUUCCCCUUUAUUUUAAAAACCAUUUCUUAAAAGCAAUAAUUAAAUCAGACCUUGCUAAAACUCAUUUUUGUUUUUACGUUAUUAUGUCGUAAGACUCAAUAUGUUAUUCUGAUUAAGUAAGCGACUCCAUAAUACUUACAUGUACCUUGCCACACGCUGUCUUUACUCUUUCUAUCAGACUAGCGUUGACUCUGGGGGAAAGCUUAUUCACUGAUAAGUAGUGAGCACUAGGUAAAGAGGAAUUGUUUUACGGCCUGUAAGGAUCUUUAAGAACUGCCAAGGGACCCUGCAAUUCAAAGCCAAAUUCUGCAGAGGGCAGCCAGAUGGUACCAGGGAAGUACACACACACACUGCAUUUAGAUGGUCCAUCCUUUUAGACAAAUUUUUUUUUAAAAAACGCUAGACACUGGGGACAGGAAACAAUUGAGAAUCAUGCUGCUGCAGCGAGGGGUUUGCUUUGUAGUAUCGAGGAGGGGCGGCCCAGAAGCAAAUGUCCUGGCAUGUGACGUCCAUGUCAGAUGUUAGAAGUCCUAUGAGGUAGACGGGCACGCUGAAAGGCACAUCUUUGUCGAAGGAUUUGGGGCUGGAGGCCCCAGAUGCCUGGCUUGAGUACUCAGUGAUGUGAGUGUUGCUCCCUAGGGAAAUGGGGGCAGGGGAUGGGGAUGAGGACACAUGGGGAGGGCAGCUGUGUCCCAAGGCCCCACACAGUGGCAGUUAGAGAGGCUAGAGAGUAGGAUGGUACUUUGUCACACAAGAGAAAAAAAAGCUGCCUCGUGUUUUCCGGGAUCUGCUGGAGGGAGUGGGGGGCAAACCUACCCCCUCGUUUUUUUUUUUUCACAAGAAGAAACACUCCUCACGAUAUCCUAUUUGCAAGGGAGCCUUGGACCUGCACAGAGGUUACGCUGAGGAAGGAAUUGGCGGCUGUGGAGCCCACACAGCCCACCGUGUUGGUUCGAUGGUAGAUGACGUGGUCUUCUCUCUGCCGUAGAGUGAACAAAAAGUUCUGAAGGAUUGGGGGUUAAAACUGUGUAUUUAAAAAGCAUAGCCUAAGUGAGUGUUAGAGAUGGUGAAAGUAUCCAGUUUCAGUUGCAAAACUGAUUUUCUGAAUUUUAGUCGUUCAGUGAGCUGCCAAUUUUUAUUGGGGGGUUGUAAAGCCAGGGUCCUUCGGGCACCCAGGUUCUGUGACUCCUUCCGGGUCACACAUCUGGUUUUUUUUUUCAGGUUGGUCCCUCCAUUUUCCAUUUCCUAGUUUGACCGGUCUCCCUGCCUUCUGAUGACUGCCAUCAGCUUCCUAGCUCUCCUUGCUGGCAGUUCUAGUGUGGGAAUCACAGUUCCAUGGGCGAGCCAACUUUUCUCUGUGCUCUUGGGAGGCAUUUUUUCUUUCUUUUUUUUUUUUCUUUUUGUUGUUGGGGGGGUGUUGUUUAAUUGCUUUUCCUUAUUCAAGAAUCAUUUGAGCCUUGGCUUUGGUCAUAUCGCUGUGCUGGGCUCUAGGGUCCCACUCACUGUCUCGACGUGAUCCAGCAGGCCCCGGAAAGAGAGUCUGUCCUGCUCCACAAACCUGAGGUGAGAGGCUCCUCACAGUUUUGCCUCGGGUGGGGCUAGGCUCUACCCUCGCAUCAGCACACAAGCUUGUUAGUCUCAGCUGUAAGAAAUGUUUAGCUUUUGUGGAUGUUGGGGAAAAAAAAACCUUCCUGAGAGAAUUCCACACCACCGCAGUGUUUGUACACUCCACUUGCCUCCAGAGCCAAUGACUGGCCGCCCAGGCUUUCUUAUCUAGGAAUGAAGGAAGCGUGUCCCUUCUUACCCGUGCAUGCUGUCCUAGGCAAUGACAUAGAAACCGUAUAUAGAUCACUGCACACACACACACACACACACACACACACACACACACACACACACACACACACACGGAACACCAAAACAGUGUUGAUUGUUGUCCUUUAAAGGUGUUUUUUUUUUCACCCGGAGAAUGGACUUAAAACUAUGUAUUUAAAAAAACAUAGCCUAAGUAAGUGUUAGAGAUGGUGAAUGUAUCCAGUUUGGGUUGCAAAACUAAUUUUCUGAAUUUUAGUCAUUCAGUGAGCUGCCAACUUUUAUUUUGUGUUGCUCUUUAUCCAAAAUGGCUUCUCCUUUCCUUUUUCUUUUCUUUUUUUUAAUCGGAGGAAGGGUGGGGGAGGGGGAAGCAGCAAUACCGUGUUUUUAAAAAUUAUACUCUGUACCUGGCUUUUUCCUGUGUUGUGUUAACCACUCAAAUGUUUUUAUUCUGCUUCGGUUUUAUAGCGAAUGUGAGGUAUCCAAUGCAGCUAUACAGUUAUUUUCUCAUUAAAA